AUGUGGGAUCCGAAAAGUAAAAUUAUAAUAUUGAUACUCCCAUUCCUAAUUCAUAAUGGUGGUGCAUUUACCAGGAUUGAUCCCUUAGUUGAAACUAAACUUGGCCUAAUCCGUGGUUUGAGAGCUUCUGAUGGAGAUUAUUCAAUGUUCAUGGGUAUACCUUAUGCAACCGUAAAUGAAAGCAAUCCUUUCGGGCCAUCUAAACCACAUCCUGGGUUUGAUGAAACUUUUGAAGCGUACGAUGACUCGUCAGUAUGUCCCCAAGUCGAAGAAUUUGUAAGUCCUUGGGGCCUCCUUGGGUAUGAGCCUGACACAUCAGCACCGUUGAAAUUGGCUGAAAAUCUUGGAUUGCCUACAAGUGAUACCGACGAAGCUCUAGAAUUCCUUGCAAGAACUGACUUGAAACUUGUUUUAGCGUCUGCAAUAGAAUUAAAUCUCCAAUUGAGACCAUGUGUUGAACAACAUUUUGAUGACGUUGAAACGUUUAUUUAUGACUAUCCCAUUAAUAUACAAAAUUCAAAUCUGGGCAGAAUGCCUAUUCUUAUAGGACACACUAGUGAUGAAAUGUCAGGUUUUUUUGAACGCACUACGUCUGAAGAAUAUGCUGUAUUAAAUGUUUUUUAUGAUACACUAAAAGAUGCAUUCAAUUUUGAAAACGAUGAUCUCGUUGAGAUGGAAACAUAUAUACGACAUUUCUACAUUGGAGACGAAGCAUUUUCAGCUGAAGUCGAACAGGAUCUCACCAUAUUCGCUUCAGAUUUCAAUUUCAAUUAUCCAGCUGUGAGAACUAUAAAUAAAUAUGUCAAUAACGGUGCGACAAAUGUCUAUUAUUACGUGUUCUCAUAUGAUGGUGACAGACCCUUUUUUAAAAUUUUGAACAAUAUAACAUCUCCGGGAGCAGGGCACGCUGAUGAAAUAGGCUAUUUGUUUGAUGUUUCUUUCAUGGAUCAAAAACCAUCGGAUGAAGACCAACUGAUAAUUGAUCGUAUAACCAGUUUGUGGACUAAUUUUGCUAAAUAUGGACAACCAGUCCCACAAGUAACGGAGCUUUUGCCUGUUCAGUGGCCAGCUGUCACAAAGCAAACGCAGUACUAUUUGAAUAUUGAUUCAGAACUUGAAGUUAAAAAAAGGAUUUUCAAGCAGAGGAUGACUAUGUGGAAUUUGUUUUACAAAAUCAACGAAAAGUUCCAAAUUGGAUAUAGGGACACUGAUGAAUGA